AUGUUCCUCAAAGGAAAAACCGCCUUAAUAACAGGAUCAACAUCGGGCAUCGGGCUAGCCUAUGCCCGCAGCCUCGCUGCUGAAGGUGCUAACAUAAUGCUCAACGGCUUCGGCGAUCCCUCGGCCAUCGAAGCUGAGCGUUCGGCCCUCGAGACCAUCUCAAGCGGCGGCCGCGCCCUCUAUUCGUCCGCCGACAUGACCUUGCCGUCCGCCAUCACAGCCCUCGUACAGCACUGCCAUGCCGAGCUAGGCGGACCGGAUAUUCUAGUUGCCAACGCGGGCAUCAACCACAUCGCGCCCGUCACUUCCUUUCCAGUGGAGAAAUGGGACCAGAUCAUCGCCAUUAACCUCACCUCCCCCUUUUUGCUCAUGCAAGCCUGCAUCCCCUUCAUGAAACAGAAGAACUGGGGCAGGGUCAUCUGCACCGCUUCCGCGCACUCCAUGGUUGCGUCACCGUAUAAGUCAGCCUACGUAGCUGCGAAGCACGGGCUGGUCGGGCUGGUGAAGACGGUAGCGCUCGAGAUGGCAAGGGAUGGCAUCACGGUGAACGCCAUCUCGCCCGGCUAUGUCUGGACCCCGCUAGUGGAGAACCAGAUCCCGGACACCAUGGAGGUGCGGGGCAUGACGCGAGAGCAGGUCGUCGACGAGUUGUUGGUUGCGCGGCACCCGACGAGGGAAUUGGUCAAGCCCGAGCAGGUUGCUGCCUUGGCACUAUUCCUGUGUCGCGAGGAGGCAAGGCAAGUUACGGGAUCGAAUUAUAGCAUGGAUGGAGGGUGGACGGCUGGCUGA